AUGAUUAAGAAUAAAAGGUGUAUACUGUAUGGACUAAACGUUCACCAUCGUAGUUUGUGUCCAAACAAAUUCAAAUCGACAGACGUUUGUGCGGUUAGUUCAGAGACUACAGGCUCUUCUAAGAAUAGUGAAAUACGUGAGGAAAACGUGCUAAUUUCAUCUGGUGAAAUGGUUUUAAUGCAAACAGCAAGAGCGGAAGUGCAAAACCCCAAAGGAACAGCCAGAGAACACGCACGAAUAUUACUUGAUUCUGGAUCCCAGAGAACUUACAUUACACAGUCAUUAGCCAAGAAGCUCGGUGUAGAGAAAGGCAAGGAAGAAGAAAUAAAGCUAGUCACAUUUGGUUGUGAUAAACCGAAGAUUUUUAAAACAUAUGCCACACAAUUGUGCUUAAAGUUAAAAAAUGGAGAGUAUAUUGAAAUCAGUGCAAAUAUUGUUCCAGUCAUAAGUGAGAACAUACAGCAAAGACAAAUAAACAUGUCUACAGAUGAAAACUUAAAGCACCUAUUGAAAAGUUUAGAUAUGGCUGAUACACUUGAACCAGCAGAAACAUCAGCAAAUGUAGACUUGCUAUUAGGAAACGAUUAUUACCUGGAUAUUGUUAUGUUACAAAAGAUUCAGGUUACAUCAGGACUUUACCUACUAGCAUCAAAGUUAGGCUGGAUACUUACAGGCAGAACAAAGGAAACACGCGAAAAUGAAAAUGAAACAAACAUGCUAAUUCUUACACACGGAACAAAUAUCAGUGCAACAAAGGUGUUUUCAAGUGUCGACUCGAUUGUUCCAACAAAGCCAGAUUUGGAUGACUUUUGGAAGAUCGAAUCCUUGGGAAUUACUAAAUGUGAAAAUCAAAGUCAAAUAAGUGAUAAGGUUGCUCUGGCGACAUUCAAAGAGACGUUGAGAUAUAAAAAUGGAAUGUACUUUGUGACCUGGCCAUGGAAAGAAGAAAAUCCAGAACUACCGGAAAAUAGACAUCUUGCAUUCUCAAGGUUGAAAUCAAAUAUAGCAAGAAUGAAAAACAAGCCUGAGAUUCUUGAGAAAUACAACACCGUGAUACAGGAACAACUUAGCAAAGGUGUAAUUGAAAAGGUAGAUAACAACACGAAAAAUGGAGCGAUACAUUAUAUUCCACACCAUGCUGUGAUUACUCCACAAAAAACUACAACGAAAUUACGUGUAGUGUAUGAUGCAUCUGCGAAAGUUAGAAAAGAGAACAAAAGUUUGAACGAAUGCUUGUAUCGAGGCCCAGUAAUACUAAGUGAUCUUUGUGGAUUAUUAAUGCGCUUCAGGUUACAUAAAAUGGCAGUGGUUUCAGAUAUAGAGAAGGCCUUUUUACAAAUCGGGCUACAAGAAAACCAGCGGGACGUGACAAGAUUUCUCUGGAUAAGAGACAUAAAACGGCCUUUUGUAAAUAAAGAAAAUGUACAGGAGUACAGAUUUUGUCGUGUUCCAUUUGGUGUUAUUUCCAGUCCUUUUUUGUUGGGAGCAACUAUUGAAAGUCACUUGGAAUCUUAUAACAACAGUAUUGCCAACAAAAUCAAAGAUGACAUCUACGUGGAUAAUGUGAUUACGGGCACUGACACAUGGCAAGAAGCACUUGACUUGUAUAGUGUAAGUAAAAGGAUAUUUAGUGAAGCCUCCAUGAAUUUAAGAGAAUGA